AUGAACGCCAGGCAGUUAAAAUUAUUUGCAGCAUGUCUGUGUUUUGCUUCCAAUGUUGUAAGCGUCAAAGGCAAUCCUUGCGAAAUUGACGAUUACAAGGAUCUGAACAAUGGUGACCGCUCUGAGACUUACCAAGACGCAACAGACAAGUGCGACGGCGAAGACCUUAAGGAUGAAUGGCAUUAUUGGUACAAAGUGUCCGGAAACGCAGGAAAUGCUCUCGCUUCCAAGAACGAACCUUCCCAAGGCAGCUGUGGCACAAUGGUCCGUUUGUACCUCAAGGAUGACCAUCCAUUCUUGGGUGACGGCGAGGUGACUCUAAGAGUGUGCGCAGCUGAAGGAAAUGCAGCAUGUAAAUACAACAUGAAUAUGCAGGUUAUAAACUGCGGUGCCUUUUACUUGUACAAGCUCCAUAACUUUGGGCAAUGUUCGGGCAAUCCAUGGCGUUACUGCACCAAUGGUGAAGAGAGCGUUACUUGUGAAGGUGUUAACUGCCCGCAUGGUGAACAGUGUGCUCUAAAGGGAAAUGGCCGUCAAUAUAGCUGCGUAAAUCCCGCGGGAGAUCCAUGUUCGUCCAAUCCUUGUCAAAAUGGUGGAACCUGCAGCAGUAACGCUGAAGGGUUUAUCUGCAGUUGUGCUCCAGGAUACACUGGUGAUGACUGUGGAACAAACGUUAACCUAUUUAAUCGUGUGAGCAUUUUGAAGUCGGAAUUGAAAGCUAUCCUUCUAAAUUUUUUUUUUAUUGAAACAUCUUUAGAUCCCUGCUCGCCCAAUCCUUGUCAAAACGAUGGGAUCUGCAGUGGCAACUCUGAUGGUUUUACUUGUAGCUGUGCUUCAGGGUACACUGGGGAUGACUGUAGCACAAAUGGUACAGCUGACUGUUCAAUUGUUUGGGUAGAAAGUCGAUGGCAUUGUAACAGUUGCAACAGUUCAGAUUAUGAUCGAUUUAAUUUACGAAACAUGAUAUUAUAUCCUUUAGAUCCAUGCACGCCCAAUCCUUGCCAGAAUGGUGCAACCUGCAGCAGUAGCUCUGGAGGUUUUACGUGCAGUUGUGCUUCAGGACACACCGGUGAUGACUGUAGCACGAACAGCCAGCUAGGUAGGAGACUGAAAAUGUAUGAGACAUGCAUUUAUCACAGAAAAAAAGUAAAAGCAGCUCGCAGCACAAUACGAGAGCAAUAUAGGUUGAAAUUCAGAAGUACAGCUUUUGGCAGGUAAAAGGAGAUAUUCUGUGGAGGCGGUUCAGAGCCACCUUAAAUUUUCAAUUGUUUUUAUAAACUUAUCCAAAAGUUGCAUCUUAUCGUGCUGAUCACUAUUCGAUAAUCAAAAUUGGAGGUCACAGGGCUCGUUUUUGAGUUAUAAAGCAUGCACUUGAAGCUAAAAUUAGAGGUAUCUCUAACAGAUUGCGUAA